UUGCCUAGCAAAAAUAUAUUUUCCGCGACACUUGUUGACAAGUUUAGAAAUAACUAUAUUACCAAUCGUACUGCAGGCGCAAUAAACUGACCUAACAAUUCCAUUCCGCUGUGGAAAGGGUGCCAAAUACAACUGGCCAUGUCAAAGAGACUUGUCACAGUUGUAACAAGCACUUUACCGCAUGCAUUUACAUAUCGUAUUGAGUAUUCCGAGUAAUUAGAUUAAGCAUACGACACGUUACCUGCUCCAGCCAUUUCUUUCAUGAUGAAUGAACAGUUGGCAACGAAACGCGCAGCUGUCGAAGUGGAUUUGCACUUGGUACAUGGUACUUCGUACGCUCAACUCACAGUAAAAUCUCGUGUAAUGAAUAAAGCGAGCGAGAAAACACCAACUCGGCAAACGAAACUCACCUUUAAGCGCGGUCCCAAGACGUCUCCCAAUCACAUUGACUAUGAGCGUAUACAGCCAGCAAAAGUGCAAUCCCAGUACGCUGUCGCAGCUCCAAUGGCAAUCAAGGCUGCAACAUCGCCAGCUGGGAAAAUGCAGCUCAAAUUGAGCACAAGCAAAAUUCGACUGCAACAACAAACCGUCCAAAUUGAAGGCACUACGGAUGCUCUACGUCGCAAGUCGGCGCCUCAGCUCUUCAGUUUUACCAUAGCGCCUAAGCUUGGCAUGUCUGCCGUGGGCGAAGCUCAAAUGGUGCCACGUUUGCCCGUCUACGAGCUGAGCCACUGCAUCCGACGUUCGCGCACUCUUGGCUUGCCCGAGGCGAAGGUCAUUCCGACCACCACGGACAGCAACAGUGAGCCAAGCAGCGGCAGCUUGACGGGCGGCAGCUUGACGGGCGGCAGCUCUACGUCACCCGAAUCGCUGCUGGAUAAUGUGCUAAGCGGCGCCUCCUCCGUCUCAGUGCAAAGCAGCAGCGCCAGUGACAUUACAGUGGCACCUCCACCACCACCACCGCCUCCUCCAGCACUAAAGUCACCGCUGCUGGCCAAACCCAAACGUGUGCUCAGUUUAAAGGCUUCGCCGGAGCUUCGCAUCUCGCCACCUACGCCGGAUAGUGGCGUUCAACCGGAGAUUAGCACACUACUUUUGCCCGGCAUGGAACCGUCGGAUACACUCAAUUCCUUGGCCUCCAGAACCAGCUGCUCGCCCUCACCUGCUGGCUCGCCCAUGGUAUCGCCCUCGAAUAGCUUUCAGCUACGCAACGAUGCCAACAGCUGUGUGAGCAUUACUUAUCCCGAGGAUCUCAAGUGCGCCAUCUGCAUGGAUGUCUACACCGAUCCGCGUACGCUGCAUUGUCUACACUCAUUCUGCCUGCAGUGCCUGGCGAGUGAGCAACUCCGCGAAGAGGUCCACUGGGAGGAUCGCUCCAACUACAGUAUGCGCUCCUCGACGCCUGAACUCGCAACGGUUUCGCCGGCCCGGCAGCGCGGCGCCAGCUUCAGUCUGCGCAGCAAAAAGUCCAUGGAUCGCAUGGUGUCACGGGUCGAUGCCAAGAACUCUGCAAGCUUUGCCAGCGAAGCGGACAACAUGCGCUGCAUAGGCUGUCACAUUUGUCAAUAUGUCACGGAGCUUCCAGCAGUGGGUGGAGUGCGUCAAUUGCCGCAGAACUUUAUGCUGGUGCGACGCAUUGAGGCACUGCGUCUGCAAGCUGGCGACGAUGUCAUCUCGCGUGUGUGGUGCUCGCUCUGCAGCGAUGAAAUUAGCGCCACCUAUCACUGCAUCAGCUGCACCCUGAAUCUGUGCUCGCUGUGCAAGGAGGCGCACGAAAGGCAGCGCAGCACAGCCAAUCACCAUCUGAGGAACAUUAUGGAGCUGCGACGCGCACGCAAGCAGAAACAACAGCAGUUGGGAUUGGGAGACAGCAGUCAUUUGCUGUUGAAGUGCGGACUCCAUGGCUUCGAGCUGAAGGCCUUCUGUGUGCCCUGCCAGCAGCUGGCCUGUUCGGAUUGUCUGGUGCUGCAGCAUCGCAAUCAUCGCCACGAGACGGUUGCCAAGGCAGCAGUGCAGCUGCAGGUGGCCAAACAGCUGCGUGAGGCAACGGAACAGACGCGUCCACUCUGUCAAUAUGCGGAGCAUUCGAUUGAGCGACUCAACGAGAUUGCACGCGGCAUAAAUGCCCGAUGUGAUGACAUCCAGGCGCAGGUGGAGAGCUACAUGAAUAGUUACUUUGAGGCACUGCAGUCGCAUCGCAACACGCUGCUCCAGCAAAUUAGUCGUGCCCGAGAGUCCAAGAUUGAGUUGAUACUCAAUCAACAGCUAGAGCUUGAGAAACGCACGCAGCAAGCUCUGGAUGCCAUACGCUUUAGCCAGGAACUGUGCGAUAUUGGUGCCGAGGUCGAAAUAUUGAGCUUUGCUCGCAUUCUGCUCCGACGCUUCGAGUAUUGCCAGCAGUUCAAGCCGCCAGUUGAUCCUAAGAUCUCGGAUUCGCUGCAUUUUCUGGCAAAGAUUCGAGCGCCCGCCACCAAGGAUCAGAACGACAUACCGCUCUACGGCAUCAUCACCAUGCAGACGGUGGAGCCAACGCUCUGCACGCUGCAAUGGGAGGGCUUCUCGCAGCUGCGACUGCACAGAACAGUGCAGCUAAUGCUGCUCUCCAGGGAUCGCGAUGGGGUUGCCUUGUGUCACGGUGGCCUGGAGAUCAAUUGUAUGAUCAAGUACAAGGAGUUGAAUGCCAAGUUUCUGCCCAUCGAUGUGGCCGAUCAUCGCGACGGCACCUACAGCAUUGCCUUCACUCCGGACACGCAGGGUACCCUCAUGCUAACUGUCAGCAUCAACGAUCGUCAGAUCAAGGGCAGUCCAUACACCUUCAAUUGUCGGCAAGUGCGUCCACACACCGGUAUCUAUCACUGCUGCGCUUUCUGUUCUGGCAAAGGGAACAAGAGUGUGAAGUGUUCAUGUGAAGGACGCAUGCCAGGCUACAGUGGCUGUGGCCAUGGACAUGCCGGACAUCCUGGGCGGAGGCAUUGGUCCUGUUGCGGCAAUGUGCUGGAAAACUCCGAAUGUAAUGUGGCUAACAAGCUGCUGAACUCGUAAGCAGCAUAUUGUCAACAUGUGAUGAACAGACAGGGACGUCGAAAGCGUGUAGGGUAUACUUCAAGACAUGCAGUUUAUUUCAACAUGGUUUAUUUUUUUGUUGUAUGUUGUGUGAAACUUAGAGAAUAAUAUGUAAGCGGACUUCAAAAUGGGAUGCUGGAGAUGCUGUCAUGUUACUUCAAUCCUCGUUGUCCGAGUACCACGAAAGACGCUCCUCGUAGAAGCGAAUGACCAUUUGUGGGAUCUUUACAUUCGCCACUGUCGAUGGCACCAUUUCCGCUUGAUCCACGCCCUUGAAUUGAAUGAGGAAUGUGAGACGCCCAUCAUUAUCGGAUGCGCCUAAUAUCUUUUCAGCCUUGAGGCCACGAUCGAAGCCAGUGCCGCCAGCUGGUACUAAUACUUCGGCACGCUUGGUUUUGCUAGCUGGACCUGGGGGUUCCUCGGAUUUGCGCUUGUUGUUGCUGCUGUUAUUGGUGGUGCUGGGAGUGGAUGAGCUCGAGGCAUCCUUAUUCUCGGCAGUACUACCGGGACGAUCUUUUUUAGCCGUUGCAUUAGCCUGUCAAUAAUUAUACAUUACGCUAAUGCAGCAUAUAAGAAAAAAAAACGUCUGAACUCACCUCAUCCUUGCGUGACAAUUCGUAUUGUUGUAUUAAAUCUUGGCAGUCGAGAUUGCCCUCGGGCUCCCAAGUGUUUUCUGUUUCAGCAUAACCCUUCCACUUGAGGUAAUACUCAACCUUAAGCGGAAUAAAAUUAAUUCGUAUAAACAUAUUAAUUUUGUGUAAUACGAACCUUUCCUUUGCGCACACGACGGUCGAGAAUCUUCUCCACGGCAUACUCCUCCUCUUCCUCCUCUUCACCACCAGAGGAUUGCGGAUCUCCCUUUUUAGACAUUUUACUUAAAAUUUA